GAGGUCGUAUUUGAUUUGUCCUUUCGCGGGCACCGUAGGAAGGAUGUUACGUAUGUACGUGUGUGUUUUGUUUUUUUAAAGAAAAGUACCGCGUAAAGAGAUCACGGCCUAGGAAUGAUUUGCUAGCCAUUGUCAGUAUUUGCUCUCUGUUGUUCUGCCUUUUUAAACAGUGUUUUUAAGAGCCAUGUCUUGCAGAAGAGGAGCUUUAAUUGUCCUUGAGGGAGUAGACAGAGCCGGGAAAACGACGCAAUGUCAAAAACUCGUACAUGCGUUGCAGCAGAGCGGACGAGCGGCAGAAAUGAUGCGAUUUCCAGACAGAACCACUAAAAUCGGUCAGCUGAUCAGUUCAUACUUGGAGAAGAAGAGUAAUCUGGAGGAUCAUACUGUUCACCUGCUGUUUUCUGCAAACCGAUGGGAAAUGGUGCCUCUGAUGAAACAGAAGUUGGAACAAGGGAUCGAUCUAGUGGUGGACCGCUAUGCGUUUUCUGGAGUUGCUUUCACUAGUGCCAAGCCUGACUUCUCUCUGGAGUGGUGCAUGAAUCCAGAUAUUGGACUUCCAAAACCAGACCUGGUGAUGUUUUUGCAGCUCAAUCCCAAUAUGGCAGCAAACCGUGGAGAAUUUGGAAUUGAACGGUAUGAAACCAGCGCCUUUCAGCGGACAGUGCAUCAAAGAUUUGAAGAGCUCAUGCAAGAUUCCUCAGUCAACUGGAAGGUAAUUGAUGCUGCAAGGACCAUAGAAGAGGUGCACAAAGAUAUUAAGCUUUUAAGUGAAGACAUCAUCAGUUUAGCCCAGAAUCAGCCAGUUGGAGAGCUGUGGAGGUGAACGGAUCACCUGAAACUUUUAAUAAAUACACUUUAAAUGUUUUUCUUUUUUCUGUCACUAUGUGGAAUAGUACAGAAAAUA